AUGGAAGAUCAAAAUAUUCCAAAAAAUGACGACCAAUUAGCGUGGAAAUCAGCGGCCAAUUGGCUAGCUGAAGCGAAUAUUAUACCUCACGAUAACAAAGUCUUUAGUCCUGAUGCACAAGUUUUCGAUCUGGUUCAAGUUUUACGUGAUGGUAUUCUCCUUUGCUAUCUAGCAAGGAGACUUAAUUCUCAAUCAAUACCAGAUCAUAGAACCAUUAGCACUCAGAAAUCGCAGUUUCGAUGUAAAACGAAUAUAAAGCAUUUCCUGAAAGCUUGCAACGAAACUUUCAAUCUUCAUAGCAAAGAUCUCUUUACGCCUGAUGAACUCUUACAUAUAACGAAUUUUUCUAAGGUAAUGCAUACAUUGUCUGUUUUGUCAAGAACUAAAGCUGCCGAGAAGCUUAACCUAAAACCGUUUUAUGAUAACCCUGAAGUUGAAAAAGAAGAAGACAUUUACGGAAAUUUAGAAGACUUAGCAGAUAUUUAUGUUCACCUAUUUUACGGCAAUACAGUUAUCGUGAAGAUUAUAUUACACACAAACGAUAUCAUCGAUCAAGAACCCGUUUAUGAUGUCGUGUAUGAUGAUGUCAACGAUAAGAUUUACGAUACGUUCUUCCCGAAAAGAGACGAGGAAACACCGAAGAAAGAGAAAAGAAUGUACGUUUUUGAAGAGCUAUGCAAUACAGAAGCCCAUUACGUUGGGUACUUACGAGCUAUACUGAAAUUUAUGGAUGCCGUACAAAGUAUAAUUUCUCAUCAAGAAUCAUGUAUUUUAUUUAUUAACACUAAGGACUUACUGGCAGCCCAUAUGAAAUUCUUAGAUCGUUUAUUAGCUGCUCAGCGAAAUAAUGGGGUGGAAAUCAGUGCCUGCUUUCAAUCGAUCAGAAACGAUUUAUUUCAAUACGGAGAGUAUUGCUCUAAUUAUAUGAAUGCUGUAAAUAAGCUUGAUGAUAUGACACAAAAGCGAUAUGAUUUCCGAUUUGUUUUAGACGAGUUAGUGAAAUCUACGCCGUCAUCUCAUUCUGAUUAUGCAAAUUUGCAGAAUACAUUAAUGGUUUUGCAGGAUAUAGCCCAUUGUAUCAAUGAAAUUAAAAGAGACAACGAUGAUUUAUCUGUCCUUGAUCAAUUAAAUUCCAGCAUCGUAAGAAGCCAAGAGGGAACUACUUUGCCUGACAUUUUUGGAAUAGGACGUCUAAUUUCAGAUGGUGACCUUAGCGUUAAAAUCGUCGACGAUAAUAAGAAACCCCCAAAGUCACGUUACUGCUUCCUGUUUGAUUUAGCGCUACUUAUUUGCAAGAAAAUUGGCAAUGAUAUGUAUUCCUUAAAAGAUGCAUUAUGGAUAACGGAAUGUAAUGUCGAAGAACCUAAACCUCAAGGAAGAAGUAAAAAGCACUUGGUCAUGUGGCAAAUGCAUUCCACUAAUGAAAAAAGAGGUCAAGAACUAUGGCUAUUUCAGGCCAAAAAUGAAAGUGAUAAGAAAAAAUGGAUAAAACUCUUACAGAAGGCAAAGAGUAAAGCUUCACCUGAUGACGCCAAGAAUGGAGGACAUCAGUUUGAAUAUUGCACUGUUCCAGUAUCCUCUGUAUGUGAAUAUUGCGGAAAGUUGUUAUGGAUAAUCUAUGUUUCUUUUAUAGCGGAAGAGUAUACCAAGGCUAUCGCUGUAAAAACUCUGGAGAGAAAAGCAGCAAACACCAGGUCUUCUAUGGCUUUACCAGAAUUACCAUCUCAGGUUAAACCUGCUACCGCACGCAUCCGAGAAAUACAGGCCCGUCCAAUUCCAGAAUUGCCUGCAGAAGACAAUUCUAUAAACUCUUCUGAAAGUAAACGAAUCCAGGUUUUAGAAUCAUAUGAUUGGUUUGUUGGAAAGAAAGGACGCAACGACGUCAAAUUUACUGGUAUAAACCUAAACGGAAUAUUUGUUGAUUUGAUCGAAUACUACAAAAGUAUAUCGCUAAAGGAGAGUUUCCCGGAACUGAAUACAAAUUUAAUAAUGUCUUUUAAAGAAGCUCAAAAUUUGAAAAACAAUCGUAACAUGCAAGGCAAAUCAAAAUUCGCUAUCGCCCUAUAUAACUUUGAUGCUGAAAAUGAGCAAGAACUAUCACUUAAGAUUAAUGACAAGAUUAAAUUAACAACUACUACGUGUACAGAGAUUGGUUGGUUACAUGGUGCAUGCAACGGAAAGACUGGUUUCUUUCCAUCAAAGUACGUAGAAAUUGAGUACUCUGAUGAUGAAAAAUCUUCCUAA